GCACCAGUGCGACACAUAAUUAAGCGCCUUUGCGAUGCACAUUCCCACCCCCAACUUCAGCACCUUGGUCGCCAUCGUAAGUUUCGCGCAAAAACUUUCACUAAUUAAUGCAAGCACAGACCGGUUUGGCGCGAUAUCGAUGUGCUCCGUCAGCCUUGGCCUCUUUUUCAGUUCGUUCGUUCGCUCACAGAAACUUGAGCCCCAAUCGAGGAGCCCGCCCCUCGGCUAUUCCCACCCUUGAAAACUUGAGAUCACUUCAACUAAAAGGAAAUGCUAUCAUUAUUAUCAUUAUUACGCUGAAAUUUGUAGACUUUCCAGGUAGUGUCGCCUUGCACAACCCGGUGCCUCUUCAUUUUCAAGAGGAUAAGAAAGAAAAGGAUACGCCCCCCUCAUCUUGCGCCCUUGCCGUGCUGGAAACGUAUUAUUAUAUUCCAUUAAACAUCACAACAAUCAGGAGCUUCUUCCUGUCCUCAUUCACGGCGGGCGGCAACGCCGCCUUUGGAUUAUCUCAAAUUCGUUAGGUAAACUCGUCGCCAGAGGACGCUUUCAUGUGGUUUAUUUCCCUUUACCACAAUAUCCCACCCUUUCUCUAGCGACCCAGGUCUCGCAUAGUUUGCACCGCUCAGAAAUGGGAUCAUUUUUAAUUAAGCAGCUUCACGGCGUCGUCAUCGUCGUCGUCGUCUUCCUUCCUGUCAGCUGUAUUUAAAUCGGGUGGAGAGGGUAGACAAAAAAAGUGCAGAAUGCUCCAAAUUUGAUCGGCCACGGCAAAGUUGGCCUUCCGAAGCGCCCUCUACCGAUAAUGAGCAACCCUUUUUUCAGGGUAGAUGAUAUCGGGAAUUUGCGGUUAGAGUGUCAUUACUGUGGUGGUGGUUAUCCUAAAGUUUAACGCUUUAAGCAAUCAUCGAACUGUCAAAACGGAGCACGCUAAAGUUGGAGCACCCAACUUGGAGUAGUUUUCGACCAUGAAAUGCUUCCAUUACAGAAGUGCUUACAACUUCCACUAAACUUUGCAUAAUUUAAAGUGCCUUAAGCUUUAACUAAACAAUUGUUCUGCACAACCCUCUCGGCAAAAUCAGGUCAACAUCAGCGUCAGAAUAUAUAAAUUUAGAUCAAAGUCAGUUCACGGUCCCUCGGCAUGACCCCUUGCCAGCUCUUCAACUCGUCACGGAGGCAGCUUGGAGCCAGCUCGGAAACGGGCGGAUUCAUCAUGAUUCGGUCUGUUUGAUGACGAGAAGUCUCCCGUCCCAGUUCCCAGCUGCCAGUCACAGUGAAAUGAACUGACUGCACAUUACCUCUGCUAGCUUGGCACACAGAGCGGCAUGUCUCUGUCAUUGAAUGGGAAAAGCACUCUCUAAAAUCAAAUCUUCCCGCACCGUCGUCGUCGUCCCGGUUCUUCUAUACCGGAACAUCACCCCCCCCCAACUUGACAACUUGGGCACGUUCGUCGUUCCUGGAGUCUUGUUUCCCUUUUUUUGUCGACCGCCAUGUUUUCACAGUUUGACAGUUUUAUAUAUUGUACCUUUCGAACGACGCCAUCUAGGUAAGCGGCGGCUACGACGCCAAUGAUCAGCUUGUCAUGUGCACACACACACACACAAUGUCGUACAGGCUUGACUCUGAUGAAAAAUGAAUUUCUUUGUUGGUCUCAGUUGAUCGGGAGCAUCUUGUCAAACUACCCAAUUGACGGAACCUGUUAUUGAUUGAGAUGAAUCACAACACUUCGUUACCAUUAGAUGUGAAACUGUCAAAAUUCUAGAUAAACUCGAUUUCGCAAACCUUUUAAGUGCAUUUUCGAAUUGUCGACAACAGAACUCCGGAACUCGCCUUUUUCCGCACUCAAAGUACGGUGAAAGCGGUCGGAAGUGCGCCAUCUUUUUUCCUCAACUUUACAGCCCCAAGUAGUUUGGCCUAGUUCGACGCGAAUGCGAAACUGUUUUUUCUCUGUUUUUAAGCGAGGUAGAGGCUGCGCGCACAAUUGACAGUUCGCGAAGCGAACGUAACGCUCACAAUGGAUGCUGGGUGCAGCGCUAUCUGCCAGUGCUGAAUAACUGUCAGAGUGUACUUUUUUUUCGUACCCAUUUCCAGUUGGGUUGUCUCGGGUACUCGGCACCUAAUUCGCGCUGUCGGUGGUACUAAAUACUUCUAAUGUAAACAAAGGAUUGUGGAAACAUAGACGAGUUUGAAGACACUUCUUGGCUUGCAAAUAGUGUAAAUCUUGCAACAAUCUCUACAACAAGUUAGAUCAUAACUCAGAUCAUAAAAAAUCACUCAGUUUCUGUCAAAAUCGAACCUAAUCAGAAAUGAGUAAAUUUCUGAGUAGCUUCAAUUCUGGUGAAAACUGAAUGUUUUAAAAAUUGGCACCACUGUCGUCAAAAUGGCGUCGCCAUAUUCUUGAACGAGGGGUUGGUUUGCAUUUCAAAUACUACUCAAUCUUGAACACAAUUCUAUGGAGCCACUCUCAAAUGGGUAAAAAGGAUCAAAAGCAUGACGGCCAUCAAAC